UCGACGUCUAGUGCUGGCUUAUACAUUAAGGACCAGGACCACGAGAACUUCUUGAGUGUGUGUGCUCAAAUCUCGAAAAACAUCAAUAUCCUUCUGACGACUCAAAUCAUGCGAGGAUGCGAAGAUGUUUUCCUUGCAUUGUUUAGAUUUUGUGACUCUUCUCUAAGAACCCAACCUUUGACGUCCCCUCUAACCCUCGCUAAAUCAUGUUUCCAUUGGUUGGAUUUUGUGACUUUGAUCUCUUUCCGGCUCAUGCGCGGUGUCAGUGUGGGUAUGAAGUACGCUUAUUUCAACGAAAGCGAAUUAGCAGUGAUAAACAAUACGGCGACCUACGGAGGUGGAGCAAAGAUGGUG